AUGAGUCGGCGAAGGAAACGUGGGGACGGCCUGGGCCCGAAGGAAGAGUGCAGCUCGGCGGGGGCCGGGUCAGGGAAGCGGCGGCCGGGGUCGGCCCGCGGCUCGAGGCUCUGCCGGGUGGAAGAAGGGCCUGCGCCGCCCGGGCAGCGGCACGAGCGGCCUCCGGCAGCCGCCUCAUGCCCUAAAAGUAACCCUGAGGAGAAGUAUGAAACACCAAAGAGAAUGCAGAAAAUGGAUUUAUUGCCAUCCACCUUCAGUUCUCCUAAUGAUCCUGAUGGCCUGAGUGAUAUCUUUUGGGAUCAGAAUUCUCCAAUGACAAAGCAGUUAGGUAAAGGAAGAAAAAAACAGAUAUACACCACAGAUAGUGAUGAGAUUUCGCAUAUUGUGAAUUGUAUAGCUCCUCAGGAUGAAAAACCUGUAACAGACUCUAUGCUGGGUGUGUGGAUUGGUGAAACUGCUAUUCCUUGUACCCCAAGUGUAGCAAAAGGGAAAUCGAGAGCAAAAUACAGCUGCACUAAGUCAAAAACACAAAAUCACGAAGAAGAACUUAUGAAGUUGGCAAAAGAAUUUGAUAAAAAUAUGGAAGAACUAGAUGUGAUUCAAGAGCAAAAUGAAAGGAAUUGUGAUUUUACCCAGAUGAUUUCAGAGACUUCAAAUGAUUAUAAAGAUAAUGUACCAAUACCAUCAUUAUGUCAUAUACUUCCUGAAAUAGAUUCCGCUGUAAUAGAAAAGCCAGUGAAGGAAUUCACCCAAAAAUCGAAGGAAUACAAUCAAAAUAGCAGUCACAAGUUAUUUGACCAAAAUAUUGAAGCAGCCUUGAAUGCCAUUUUUGAUGGUUCCACUCAGAAAUGUAGCGGGCAAUUAAGUCAGGAUCGGUCAGAUGCUGUUUUGAGCAUCACUAACACAACUUUUGGAAAGAAAAGUACCCUUAAAGAGGAGACAGUCAUUACCAGUGAAACUGUGAACGCUGUACAACUGCAAAAGAAAACCUAUGGGUCACUCUCUUUUGGAGCAGACACUCCCAUAAUGACAAAAUCAUGUGUGACUCCCUGCUCGAAAGAAAUGGAAACGUUCAAUAAGCUCCUUGAUCCAUUUGCUACCAGUGGUAUGGAGGAGGACUGGGAAAACUUCCUCAGAAAUGAACCCUUUGUGAUGCCAACUGUGGAAACGCCAGAAUUACUCCCCGUGCCUAAUACUGCUCAUGAUGCUGCUCAUAAAGAUAUUUAUACUUUUAACUCUAAGAAUCAUAAAAGGAACUCAAGAACAGAUACGUGUCUAGAUGUCAGGCUAAGUAAUUCAAACAGUUUACAAGGUCUUCCUUCAAAGAUAACCAACCGAAAAUUCAUAGAUGAUGAAAACCCAAAAAAAAUGCCAUCUCCAAAUGAGAAACCAAAGCAAUUAUCUACUGGAAAUAAAGUGAAAUUGGAGAGAGCAUGCAAUAAAAUGACUAUUGGAGAUAAAAUUCAAGGUUGUGCACUUGCCUCCUCAAGUGUUACAAAAAUAAAGGAAGGCAUUUAUACUAAAGUUACUCCUGUAAAUGCUUCUGGAAAAAAGGCUGCUUUGAACACAGGAUAUUUUAAUGAACAAAAAAGUAAGCCAAUUUCCAGUCAGUCUUUUAAGACAUCUGCUAAUCCAGAUCUCUAUGGACCUGUAACUUCAGCCAGCGAAACCAAAUCCGACAGUAAGCUCAAUCAGACAAAUGCACCAAAUUUAACUUCUUUCCUGGAUGAUUGGAACGAUCCAUCAUUUGCCAAUGAAAUUAUUAAAUCAUGCCAUAUAUUAGAGAAUACCUGGGAAACAGAUGAUGUAGAUGAUGAUUUGUUGUAUCAAGCAUGUGAUGAUAUUGAAAGACUAUCCCAGCAACAAGACAUUGGAAAUGAAAGCAAAUCAGAAAAUACAACUGAGAUGAAUGAAAGUUCCAAAUAUGGAGCUAAAAACACAUUUACUCCAUCUAAGGGAAGCCAUUUUGUGCAAUCAAAGCAUUGGAAUCUGGACAGUGUUACAGUGCAAACAUCAUCCUCAGGAAAUAGCUCACAAAUGGAUAAAUCGAUGAAGAUGGAGAAAGGAGAAAGUUGUAGAAGUUCUCCAAGUAAUUUAAGUGCUACAACAAAACUGGCUAUGUACUCUAAGAACUCAGAUGAUGAGAUCAAGAGCCCGCAUGUCCAUUGGAAUAACACUGAUAUUCCAGUGAGAGUGAAUCGCUCUACAUUCGCUCUUGCAGGAAGUUCACAUUUGAAUGUGAGUUCCAGUCAUAUAAGUACAGGAAUUCCUACUACUAAUAAAUUGAUUUCUCACAGGACAGUAAAAAAUGAAACACUGACUGAUCAUAACAAAACAACUAAAUUUUCAAAGUAUACAUUCACUAAGUUGAAACGUUCUCAGACUCAUUCUCAAUUUAAUAAAAAUUGUACAGUACGAAGUACGUCUGAUACCAAAAUUAUACAGAGUUUAGAGGAAAAUAAAACACCACCCAUCAACCCAUUACAUGAGGUUAUUCAACAGCAGUCUUUCACAAAAUUUUCUGAAUCUGGAAAACAACCUUCAAAAGAGGAAGAAGAGAAAAAUAGAAAGUAUUCUCCUGAAGAAAUUCAGAAAAAGAGACAAGAGGCAUUGGUUCGAAGAAUGGCCAGAGCACGAGCAACUUCCCUAAAUGCCGCUUCCACUUGAUUUCUCUAAUGAAAUAUUGGUUGGAAGAUAUAACAAAGACUGUUAAUAACUAUCUGUGAUAGGACAAAAUGUUUUUCUCAAUUUCUCUGUGAGAAAGUUAGUGCUGAAUUAUAAAGCUUAGAGUUCUACUUUACAAGGUAUUUAAUCAAUCAAUGUUUAUAAUAGUCAAUAGUCAGAUAUAAGUGAAAGGAAUUACUUGUAAGUUUUUGAAAUCCAUGAAAAUCAGCCACUAUGUACUAGAAUUUACAGAUGGCAGUGAUUUUAUUUUUAAAUACUAAGAUUGCAGAGGGGCCACAGAAGGUAUGCCGUUUAGAUACUUCUUUAUCGUAACAGUCUUUUCCUAAUAGCUUACUAAUGGACACUCCUUUCCAUAACGGUUCUUGUUUUAGUUUUUGUACAUUGAUGCAUUUCUGAAGUUUAAUUAAUGCUACCAUGGAUGGUGGAAAAUAAGGACUUAAUCAGUGAUAACAAAAUUACUUAUUUAGUAUUUUAAUAUUUGUGUGAUAUAUUUUGAAAAUCUUCCAACAUUUUUUUGGGAAAAUACUCAUUUAAGACAACUAGUUUAGAGAAGAGGAAAUAGAUUGCCUUUAUAAGUAAUAUGUCAUUAACAUUCAGAACUUUGCAUUUUUCUCUUUAAUUAGUUUACUGACUUUACUAAAUUUUUUUUCUCUAUUUCCCCUCUUCCCGAUGCCCAUUUUCCUAAACAGAAAAAUUUUGUUACUCCAAAUGACUUUGGAAGAAAAUUAUAAAUGGGAAAUACUUAUUCUAUCGUGGUGUUUACCACUAUUCAGGUACCUUAUUUUGUUAAUCUUUUUUAUUUUUCUAUGAAUAUGUAAUAACUUCAAUAAAUAGAGGAAAUAUUUUAGGUAAGAAAAUGAACUGAGACCCUUUUAUCUUUACCUAAAAUUUAUCUUUCCUGUCUUGUCCAUUCAUUAAUACCCAGCCUCAUAAGUUUCCAUUUCUUUGAAACUGUUACCUGAACAUCUAUCUGGAUUUCUUCUCUGUAAUUUUGAUGGUAUUUAUUCUUUAUAUGAAGGCGCCUUCAAAAUAUUUGAGGAAAAAGAUAAUAGAAUUAUUCCACGAACAUUUUGAAACGUGUUAUUUAUAGGGCAAUCUAUGUGUUGUUAUAUGUUGUUUAGUUAGUUAUAAUUGUCUUAUAAAUAGUAGUGUUUCUAAAAGUUGUCACGUGGUAUCUGAUUAUUCUGCUGUGCUCUCAUACAACCUGUACUGUUAAUUAUGCAAUCGUUUCCUUACCAGUGGUAACCUUUUUCUUUAAAAGGAAACUUGAUUAUCUAGCAUGUUGCAUAGUGAAUGGCGGAGUCCUGUGGUGCAGUGGUUUUUGUUUCACAUGAGGUGUAAGCCAGACUGAAAGCUGUAGUCUUUGAAUCCUAUUCAAUUUCAGUAAAUAUCAUCUGCAUACCA